UUUUUCUAGCGCAUAAGGAGAAGGGAGAGGAGGGUUGCAUGGAAAAGGGAAAUUUCCAAGAAAAGAGGGAUCUGCGGCAAUAUCUGCACCUCGGGUGAUGAGGAGAGGAACCAACAGGCAUAAAUGGCCUGGAGACGGCUGAAAUCUUUGCCGAGGAGAUUGGGACCGCGGGAUUAUUUUCCACCUGCCUCCCCUACCCGGUUCUGUAAUCCUGGCUCAAAGUAGGCAAGUCGAGUUGGAGCUGAAGAAGGGAGGCGAUGCCACACCUCCCGAGGACACUGGGGACAUCGGGGGUUGCUGAGCUUAGCAUCUUUUCACCGGCGUACCGAAGGCAUCAGACAGACGCUCAUCUGCCCUGAAGUGCAGAUCUGCAACAGCUACCAAGAAGACUCUGUCUCUCUGUCUCUCUGUCUCUCUUUCUCUCUCUCUCCAGUCCAAACCAUUACAAGACCUGACUUCCACCAUCUGGGAAUCUAACCCCUUUUAAGUCCCUUCUUGUUUUUCUACGAUGACUCACCAUUAUUUUUAACUUUGAAGAGAGAGGAAAUUAUGGGGAUCUUGGAAGCCUGUAUUCCUCUCUAGGAUUUCCCCAGGGUCAGAUAAUCGGUGUUACUAAGAGACACUAAGAUUUGGCUUCUCCAGCAGGGGCGAUUUUCUUUCCUUUUUUUUUUUUUUUUUAUUUUUAUUUUAUUUUCUCUUUUUUUUUUUUUUUUUUUUUUUUUUAUAUAUCAUCCCUUCACCUUUUCAUGAGACACUUCCAAAUCUACGUACCUGUCCUUCUGCAGGAUAGUAGCCCUGCCCUGAAUCCGAUCCCACCACCAGGCACUGGGAAGAGUUUAGCAUAAGGAUUUCUUUUAAACCCCAAUAUGACAGUUGCUACCGGAGAUCCUGCAGACGAAGCUGCAGCUCUUCCCGGUCACCCGCAGGACACGUAUAACCCUGAGACCGACCAUGAAUGCUGCGAGAGGGUGGUCAUUAAUAUUUCGGGUCUGCGCUUUGAGACACAGCUCAAGACACUAGCCCAAUUUCCAGAGACCUUACUAGGGGAUCCUAAAAAGAGAAUGAGGUAUUUUGACCCGCUCCGGAAUGAGUAUUUCUUUGACCGGAACAGACCCAGCUUCGAUGCGAUUUUGUACUAUUACCAGUCUGGUGGGAGGUUGCGGAGGCCGGUUAAUGUGCCCUUAGAUAUCUUCUCAGAAGAGAUUCGUUUCUAUGAACUGGGGGAAGAAGCGAUGGAGAUGUUUCGGGAGGAUGAAGGCUACAUCAAAGAAGAGGAAAGACCGUUGCCUGAGAACGAAUUUCAGAGACAAGUAUGGUUGCUCUUUGAGUACCCUGAGAGCUCAGGCCCUGCCAGGAUUAUAGCUAUUGUCUCCGUUAUGGUGAUUUUAAUCUCCAUCGUCAGCUUUUGCCUGGAAACGUUGCCCAUUUUUCGGGAUGAGAACGAAGACAUGCACGGCAGUGGGCUGAGCCAUCCCCCCUACUCCAACAGCAGCAUGGGGUACCAGCAGUCCACCUCUUUCACAGACCCCUUCUUCAUUGUGGAGACACUUUGCAUCAUCUGGUUCUCCUUCGAGUUCUUGGUGAGGUUUUUCGCCUGCCCCAGCAAGGCUGGAUUUUUUACCAACAUCAUGAACAUUAUAGACAUUGUAGCCAUCAUUCCCUAUUUCAUCACCUUAGGGACAGAGCUGGCUGAGAAGCCGGAGGAUGGUCAGCAAGGCCAGCAAGCCAUGUCCUUGGCCAUCCUUCGAGUCAUCCGUUUGGUGCGGGUCUUCAGGAUCUUCAAACUCUCCAGACACUCCAAGGGGCUGCAGAUCCUGGGGCAGACUCUCAAGGCCAGCAUGCGGGAGCUGGGCCUCUUGAUAUUUUUCCUCUUCAUCGGCGUCAUCCUCUUCUCCAGCGCCGUCUACUUUGCCGAGGCCGACGAGAGCGAGUCCCAGUUCCCGAGCAUCCCCGAUGCCUUCUGGUGGGCCGUGGUUUCCAUGACGACUGUUGGCUAUGGAGACAUGGUCCCCACGACCAUCGGGGGGAAAAUAGUGGGUUCCUUGUGUGCCAUCGCUGGCGUAUUAACGAUUGCCUUACCAGUGCCCGUCAUAGUGUCUAACUUCAAUUACUUCUACCACCGGGAGACAGAGGGAGAGGAGCAGGCUCAAUAUUUGCAAGUAACCAGCUGCCCAAAGAUCCCCUCUUCCCCUGACCUAAAGAAAAGCAGAAGUGCCUCUACUAUUAGUAAGUCUGAUUAUAUGGAGAUUCAGGAAGGCGUAAACAAUAGCAAUGAGGAUUUUAGGGAGGAGAACUUGAAGACAGCCAAUUGCACCCUAGCUAACACAAACUAUGUGAAUAUCACCAAAAUGCUAACCGAUGUCUAGUCGCUAAAAUCUAGUAACGUAUUUAAAGCUGAAGUGGAACAACUGCAGAUAUUGAGUGCUGCUCUGCAUUGUAGUUAAUACAGUAUUUUCUACGGUGUAUAUUUGGUUCUGCAUGGGAAGCAAUAGCUGUGUAAGUGACUUUUAACCUUUGAUUUCCACACCGAAUAAGCGUUCGUGCAAAAAAACCUCCAAACAACAAACCAUUUUGAUUCCCUUCUCCCAUCCCAGGCUUUGUGGGUUUCCAAAUAUGCGGAGCGGUUGGGCAUUUCAAGCAAUGGGAUGGGGAUGCAGGGGGCAGCUCCGGGCCACCCCGGGGUACCACGUACGCUGGUCCCUGUCCCACGGAGCUGGGCGAUAGCAGCUUCCAGGCGUGAGGAACGGCUGGGAAAGGUCAGGCAGAGCUUAAGGAAGGGAAGAUGCAGUCGUGUGUCCGAAUUGCUUGAAGGCUCGGGUUUCCGCCCCAGGAAUGCCAAGUGAGAACGCAUCACCCCAGCUCAUGUUUCAUAACUGAAAAUGCUGCAUGCUGCAAUAGUUUCAGCCACUGCAGUAUGCCAGUGUGAGGCCCAGGGGAGGGAUAAUUAGUAUGACGGCACAUUAUUUAUUAAGUCUUAAAUUUUCUAUGCUAGGCAUCGGGAGGGACAAGUAAAUAAAUCAAGCGCUUGGAUUUUAUUUAUUUAUUUAGAUGACACUUCCAUUACCAAUAGUUCCAGGAUCACCAAAGACACCUCCACUGACACAUUGAAAAUGAGUUGGAAAAAGCAUCUUUUUUGAUAUCUAUAUAUAUAAAACUGGAGCAACUAUGCUGUGGCCUAUAAUAUAUUUAUACUGCAGUGAAAUUUAACCAGUAAUACAGUACAGCUGCAUGGAUAUUUGUUGCAUGAAUCUGAAUAUUUAAUACACACACAAAUAUAUAUUUUCUUAGUAGACUAUACAGUAUUCAUGUUUAUAGUGUUUAUAGAUUCUCCGGUGGCUCGAAGGAGAUUCAUGGGAGUUUAAAAAUCUCUAUUAUAUUUAAAAACCGGAUGGGGAAGGCAUGUGCUGACAACAGUUUGAUAGAUAACAAAGCAAAGCCUGAGUGUCCAAGCAUCAGACACAAGAGCCGACUAACGCAAGCGAGGGAAGGUGAGCUGAAAGUUAAACACCUGCACUCAUUAUGGGGCGAGUAAUUAGUCGUUAAUCUUGGUGUCAUGAGCAGAAACCACGGCAGAUCAGAGAGGGCAUGAGGAGCAGGUGGAAUAGCAGGUACUGGCUCUCCUGACUUGUUUGUUCAGCAAUUUUCAGCCGUUUCCUAUAUAAUUAUCGUGUGUGUGUGUAUAUAGAUAUUUAGAGAGCGACUACAGGGCCGAAUCCUCAGCAAAUGUGAGCACUUGGGGCAUCGGGGGCUUCCCAGCUCAGGGGUGCUGUGGUGGGGGGGCAUGGGCUGGAGCAGGGCGACCUGCCCCACAGUGCCCGUGGGAUCACCAGGGCAUGGUGUGUUUUGGGCUGGAAAACUCCUUUUCAACCAUGGAGAGCCUCAGGGCUGUUGGUUUAUUCCUUUAUGGUGGAGAGGGCACAUGCUGAGGGUGGGCUGGAUCCGAGCGGGUGCCUCUGAGCCUUUGCUUUGCCUUCGUCCAGGGUUUUUAGGAGGGGUGAGACCCUGAGGCUGUCUCUUCUUCUUCAUCAUCCCCGGUGUUAUUUGGGGAUAGGUGGGAGCUGUCGGUCCAGGAAGAUCUCAUCUGCUUUCCCCAUCAUCUGAAUUCCCUUGUGUUUUCCCCCAGUUUCUGGCAAUCCUCGGGGAUAGGCGCCCUGUUCCUCUGCCAGGUCAGGGGAUACAAACCUCUUCCAAGGCUGUAGUCAAGCAAAGCCUCCCCGGGGUACGGGAAAGGGUUUAACAGCCUGUUGAGUUGGGAUGAAUUUGGGCUGAUGGGGGCACAGUCAGUGCUGCACUGCUGUGCUGAAGUGUGUGCACAAGGAGGGAACCCCAUUGCAGAGUGUACGAGGGGGAUCAGCCAGACCCUUCCCGAGAUCAGAGAGGAAAACCAUACUAAUAACAAUAAAAUAAACGGUGCUAGCGUAUUCUACAGCAAUGGUUCAAAAUGCUGCUUUAGGGCCAGAUCCAUCUCUCGUGCUGAUGUGACUCCCCUCAGCCAGGUGGAAUCACUCCUCAUUUUUAUUUUAUUGAUUGACUGAUUCAGGCCUGGCUAUCAUUAAUACCAAGUGUCCAUGGUUAGCACACAGGAGCCCUGGCUUCUGCUUGGUGCAGAGGACCAGCAGCAUCAAUGCGUUGGGUCUCAAAGGUGCUCAGCACCAUGCAGCAUGGGACCCCAGCCUGUCUUUAAUUACACCUCAUUAUAUUAGGAGCCCUCUCCUCCCUCUCUGCUGCUGCAGCUCUGAAACGGGAGCCCCUGCAGCCCGUUAACAUCUUAAACACACACACACAAAAAGCAACGCAACCGAAAGCAAUAAAUCUCUACUUCUGAAGUUCAUCUCGUUGAAUGGGACGGGGCUGGCUUGAGCCACCGGCUUGGGCACGAUUCCCAGGGCAGUCAGCCAGCUUCCAUCGAUCCGGCUCGCGGUGGGUCCGUGGGGAGGUGAGCUUGCGUGGGGAGGCUGCCUGAUGCACUGGGAUUCUGCCCAUCCACCCCAGGGUGCCCCAGCAGCAGGCCACCCCAUCCCUGGUGUGGGGGAAGGUGCUGGGGACAGGCUGCUGCGGGGGUUUUGGGGAGGAUGCUGGCACUCAACGAGACAUUGCCAAGUGUCUGGUUGUUUAACGCCCGUGGGCUUCAGAUGAUUUGGGGGGAGCAUUUGCCAAAGUACUGGGUACAUCUUGGGAGCGUGAACACUGUUGUGGUUCAGUAAGGAGGAAGAUCACGGGUUUUUUGGAGGAGAGGAAUUGUUUUGGGCACGGUGUCCCUGCGGGCUUUCAGAGGCCAGGCAGGAGCGGAGAGCGGGUCCGUGAGCAGGAUCAGGCACAUCCAAACCUGCUCACCAAGCUGGGCGGUCCUGGCUGCCUUGGGAAACCCCAGAGCCACAUCGCAGGGAUGAACAGGGCCAAAGAGCAAGAGGCCACGUUCUUCCUGUUGUCACCAGUGGGAGCUGGCUUCUGUCCCCAUGGCAGGGGCCAGCUUGGCCGGUCCCUUCCUCAGGACAGAUCCUGCACCUCUUGCACUGACCCGGGCAGAUGUUCCUGGUGAAAAGGAGCCUUGGUGGGAGAGCAGCUCUGUGCUGCCCUUGGCACCAUGUGUGGGAAAGAGGGAAAACAUCCAGCUAAGUGCUUGGAUGUUGGGUUCAGGGCAAAAAAUAUCCGUGGGUUUGUGGCUGGAAGCGAUCUGUCAGGCUGCAUGAAGCAGAAGGGUCCAGGUUUUUCCCCUACACAGAGAAAUGGUUCCCUUACAGCUUUUAAUGGGAUUUGUGCCUGCAGGUCGGAGCUCUAGUGCUAUUUCUAGCUUUGCUUCUGACUCACUGAUGUGAUCUUGAACCAGUUUUUCAGGAGGAGACUGUGAUUUUUUUUUUUUUUUUUUUUCUUGAGGAAUUUGAUUUGAGAGAUUCUGGGCCUGUUUCUGCAGAGAUGCUGAGCAUCCAAAACUCCCCUUGAUUCUGAAAGGGUGCAAAAAUGAGCUGCAAAGUGGCUCAGACUGAGGAUGUUAAAUUAGGGACUGGGAAGGCAUUGGGCCACCUAACGUAGGUGGUCUGGUUCCUCUCCUCCUCCCUUGGAGAUGUUUGCCUCUCCAGGGGUGGGAUGAAGCUCUCUGCUCUGCGAAGGUGCUCCUGGGUUGGCACCCAGAGGGGACAGAACUUGUAUUUUAGUCUUAUCCUUUGUGCCAUGGUUUUGGAGAGCUGGAAAGUGGUGAUUACAGUGCAGUUGUCUUCUAACAGCCAACCACAUGCCCAAGCCUCCAAGCAACCCAUCAGGCCUUUAAUAUUUUCCAAAAUUUCUGCUAAGGGCAGUGGGGUGAGGCUCGUAUACUGACUGGACAUCACCAAGUGAUUAGGCUGAGAGGAAAAAAUUGUCUGCAUGGGGCAAUGUGUUUUAUUGGGAAAACUAAUCUCUGCAGCAAUGUUUUGUGUCAAAGUCCUACAGAUUUGAAUACUGAGCUAUACGAACAAAAGGAUGUCUAGAUUGGCGUUAUGAGAGUGUAGCACGUGGGUGUAUAAAUAUGGGCAUAUUUGUGCAUAAAUACACAGAAGGAGAGAAAAAGACAGAGGAGGAGGAGGUAUUUCAGGAAGGGCCUUGCUUUGUUAUCAGAUAAUUCCUGGGUCAGCCCUUGAAAUUGCUGCCAAAGUCUUGUAGCUUUUCCAGAGCUUGCAAUACACUUGGGGACGGGCCCAAGCGAAGGAAAUCGGGAUCUGGCCUUGGAAGUGGGAGCAUCCCGAGGGGCUGGUGGCAUUCAACUCCACACAUCCCUCUGCAAACCAGCAGCUUUGCAGCAUCUCCGCUCUCGAUCCCAAAUCCCUGACUUGGGCCUGUCAUGACCGUUUCUGUGACUGUGCAGGGAAAGCCAAGCAGAAGUCAAAGGGAUUUGUUUGCAAUGCAAGCACAGUGCUGCACUGGAUGGGGGCUUGGGGGUUCUUUUUUUGUAGUGGCUGGAUUUCAAGUCCCUUGAACCAUUUGGAUUUUGGUCCUAGUGUGGUGGCGAGAAGCAUCUCCCGCUUUUGGGGCUGGGGGUGGGUUUAACUCAAGGUCUACAUCCAUGGGGGGGGUCCCAGGGAUUUCUUUUGAUUGUGGGAGUUGGUCAGCGUGCUGCUAGGGUGGAAGGGGCUGAGGGGUGAGGAAAGGAGUCAGCACCAAACCAUUUAAUUUUGCACACAAAAAAAGCCUGUGGCUCCCUCCUUGCAUCCUUGGCAGCAUUCAACCUCCUCUGCAUCCAGCACAUCCCUUGGUCCCUCUUGUUGGGGACCAACUGCUGCCCCCCACCAGGAGCCCCAAGGAAGGACAAGGUCCCCCCCCCAUGCACCAGCUGCUGUCCUGCCCCCGGCCAAAGCAGUGCCCUUCCCCAGCCCCCGUGUGAACUUCAGUCUCCCCAUGAAGUUACUGCGUUUGACUGCCCAAAUUUCAUCCCCCCUUCUCGGAAAUGGGUGCUCCGAUCCUUCCACAUCCCAUCACAGGGGAGAGGGACCAGCCUCCGGUGGUGUAAAUCAGCCCUGAGAGAACAGCACUGAUUUACACCUGGAGACAAGAUCUCCCAGCCCAAUUGUAUAUGAUGAGACGUAAAUUCUUUAUCCAUGUUUUCCCUUGGGGAGGAACAGUUUGGCUUGUAGGAGCUGCUGGACAUCAUGUAACCACACAAGGUCCACGCACACAGACCCUCAUGGGGGCCACGUCCCCUCCCCAGCCCUGCCUGGCUGCCCUGAGUUUGGGGUUGGUCUUUUGGGGUUAGGAUUUUUGAUAUUUUGAUUUUUUAAAAAUUCUUUUGCUGCCUAGAAGACUGUAAUUAUCUGUUUGCACUUGCUCCCUCAUUGCUUGAGACUGUGCUCUUGUCCUCCAAUGUCAUACACCGAAGCACAAGGGGAAAAAAUGGGUAUUGGAUCAACCCUGCAUGCAGUGCCUAAUUUGAGUGAAUCAAUAGGAAGAGGAAAUCCAAGAAGGACUCAUCCUAAGGAUGCUGGAGCUGAACCUUUUGUUUCCAUGGUUACGGGAGAAAUGGGACCAGGAAUGGAGAGAGGCCUAUAAACUGUUAAAGGAGGACUCGUGGGAAUUUCAAGUCAUUUAACCAUGCAUUUGCUAGACAAAAAAUUUAGACACCAGCUGUAUCCGAAUUGCACAGUGUGUAUAGACGUUACUGCUCUUAUUGACGAUGUGGGGGUGUCCUGGGGGUCGGGUGGAUCUACGGGCUGAGAGGCACCCGAGUCAAUAAGGCUGACCGUUGUAUAUAGGUAUACAGAUCUGUGUACAUACAUGAUCCAAAUGAGCAUUUGCUGUCUGGUUUAUCAUGAGUGUAUAUAAUUUAUUCUUCACAGAGUAUCACAAUUUUUGUAAAUAUCUGCACUAAUUAAGAGAAAAUAAAUAUGUAUAUUAUUGAAGA